ACAUCUACUCAUGAAGUCAAAGACAGUACAAGAAGAAUAAAAGUACAUAACAACAUCAUUUCAUAUCCAAGUUCUGUAUUUUCCCAUCAUUCUUCAAAUCGUGUCCAUCAACACAACCACUUCAGUGAAUCACAACUCAGAGAAAACUUCAUGUCCCUCUGUAUAGCCAUUGGUUACAGUGCUAUGGGUACAUCUGACCUAAACAAACUAAAGUGAGCAGCACUCAGUAACAGUUUGGGAGAUUUCAGAAUGACUUGGUUGUUACGGAUUAUAUUACUGUGUGGUGUCCUGCCAUUAGUACUAGCCAGCGAGGCCGCACCCUCUGGCAAUGCCACAGAGAAGGAGCACGCCUCCAUCCACCUAGCCACCAUUAAGUUUGACUACGUCAAGCAGCCUCUUAUUAUCGCGGUUUUUAUAUUUGCUGCUGGGAUUGCAAAGCUAGCUUUUCACCAUGCUGAGUUCAUAUCGUCCAGAGUUCCAGAGUCAUGCCUCCUAAUUAUCCUGGGUAUCAUUGUCGGGGCUAUCAUGAGCCAAACAAUGGAGUCGGCGAACUGUACACAGCCACAGCCAGAGGUUGGAGGGAACGUCUCAGAAUUGGCUGAUGUCAAUGUGGAGCAUAGAGAGCCCAAGCAGGCUAUAUCCAUGACCUCCAGUCUGUUCUUCCUGUGUCUACUACCCCCCAUUAUUUUGGAGUCAGCCUACAGUCUACAUGACCGUACAUUUUUUGAGAAUGUUGGCAGUGUCAUCAUUUUUGCAGUAAUAGGCACGGUGCUUAACUGCUUCCUAAUUGGCCCCUCUCUCUACGCGGCCUCUUCCCUUGGUGGUAUGGGGUCUCUACAUUUAGGUCUGAUGCCGUGUCUUGUGUUCAGUGCCAUCAUUGUCGCUGUGGAUCCUGUCGCAGUGCUGGCCAUCUUCCAAGAAGUGGGUGUUAACAACGUCUUAUACUUCUUGGUGUUUGGAGAAUCACUCUUUAAUGAUGCUGUAACAGUGGUGCUGUACAAUAUGAUGCAAGAAUUUAACAAGAUGGAAACCAUUCCUCCUAUAGAGGUGGUUAAAGGUUUAGUGUCGUUCUUUAUUGUAAGCCUUGGCGGCCUGUUUAUCGGGAUUUUCUUUGGUGUACUGACGGCUAUCAUCACCAAGUACACCAGUACUGUACGAGUUGUAGAGCCUUUAGCCGUGUUUGUCUUAGCUUACAUCUCCUACCUUGUGGCAGAAUUAUUCCAUUUCUCAGGUAUUAUUGGUUUGAUUGGCUGUGGACUGACACAGGCCCACUAUGCAUUCCAUAACAUAUCACAGAAAUCCCAUACUACUAUCACAUACUUCAGUAAAAUGCAGAGUGCCCUGAGUGACUGUAUUAUCUUCCUGUUCCUGGGUAUUGGUCUGUUUAACUGUGAGAUUAUGAACCUCAGCCACUGGAGAUGGGAACUUAUAUUGUGGACAUUAUUCCUCUGUCUCUUAUACAGAUUUCUGGUGGUGUUUUGUCUUACUUGGAUUAUAAACAGAUCUAACAGGAUGAGAAAAAUCAAAAAUGUGGAAAAAUUUAUCAUGGCCUAUGGGGGUCUCCGUGGAGCUGUAGCUUUUUCCCUUGUUGAUUUACUGAGCCAUGAAGACUUCAAAGAAAACAAGGAUAUCUUUAUGACAACUUGUCUGGCUCUUAUCUUCUUCACUGUAUUUGUUCAGGGUAUAUCUAUUAAGCCGUUGGUCAGAUUAUUACAAAUCAAACUCCAGGAGGAACAGGAUUUAAAGCUUGUAGAAGAAAUCAACUCACACGUCAUUGACCAUGUGAUGGCAGGAAUAGAAGAAAUCCUUGGGGAACAUGGAGAGAAUUAUUUCAGAGAAAUAAUAGAGUAUUACAACAGGAAGUUCUUCAAGGUUUGGUUAAUGAAGGAACCGGUCAGUAUGGAUGAACAGAUCAUGUCUUGCUUUGAGGAAAUCGCUCUACAACAGCACUUUGAGAACUUACAAGGUAGUGCAAUGAUUAAUUCCAAAUAUGGCAAUCUCGACUUUCCUUGGCUUCAUCAGGAAGAAAACAAUGCAGCGGAGGAUGAAUCGGAUGAGAACAGUGAUAGUUCUGAUGACCUGGUACUUCCUGCUGUCACGGUUCGUCAGGCACUAGCUCCAGACAAGCUCCCUACUGGCUACUGGGACGAGGAAAAUGACAGACUGAAAAACUUCUUGGAGAGUAAGAAGAAACAGCCAGGGAUGAAAAGGAAAUCCAUUGUUCCUGCCUUCCUGAGAAAACCAGAAAUUUCCCAGGAUCCCACAGUACAGGAACUCAAAAAUAUAUUUACGCCUUCCUACAGAGAUGUACAACACAGGAAGCUGGAUAAAAAUCUUAAAGAUGAUAGUUCAACGAAUUUAUUACGAUAUCUACAAGAUAAACAAUUCAGAAAUAGAAGAAUGUCGAGAGCAGUAUUCAAAGGCUCCAAGUCUAAUAGUCCGUUUGGUUCUAGUAAAGCUUUAAAUAAAGCUUUACACCAUCGUGGAGUGGUGGAGAAUUACAAACGCAGACUCAGCCUAGCCGUACCAGAACGUCCAAAAUUCCAGCGAGACCGAUCUCCCUCAGACGUGACAAACCUACGCGGCGCAAAUUUAGACAAUUUUAUCGACGGAAAUUCUCUUCUUCCAGAUCCUCGAUUAAGAACUGUUCCAGAAGACCAGCCUGAUAAGCAUUAUAUUAAAAACGAAAUCCACCGAAAGAGUCCUGAUCGUAUUCACGAAGAGAACGAGAGGCCUCCCAGACGGUUUGACAAAGGGAGCCCUAAAGGUGAUAAAGCCCACAAACGACCAUUACUCUCACAGACAAAGUCUAUGUUUACCUCCAUCUCCGAGGAAGUUCACACAGAAGAGGAGGAGGAGGAGGAGGAGGGGGAAAAUCCACCGAGCAAGGUCACAGAAAGACUUAAUGGAGGUCAAGGUCAAUCUGGAAGUGACCCUGACCUAUUAAAAAGAAACAAUAGUUUGGAACAAACCCCCAGUGGUAUCAGGAAAGCCUCUUACAAUAAAGCAAUGAGUGAUCCCACCAGUGAAACGGUGGAGCUUAAAAGUUAUAAGAAGAAGGAACAGUAACUCCUGCCAAUCAUUGUUGUAGCUCACCAGAGCCACUUUUUUUAUAAUCAUUGUUAAGUCAUCUGAUUGAUUUAAGAGAGUUUAUUUUUCUGACC